AUGAAGCGAAACGCCGAGGAAGCUAAUCUGGACGAUCUUAUAACCUUGUAUUCGAGGCCGAUCCAAACUUUUUAUCCGCAAGUAUCAAACAAACUGCCCACCUUUUCAGGAAUCAGCGAUACUAAGAUUUUUGACCGGCAAAUUCGCCUUUGGGGUAUAGAAAUUCAGCAGCGACUUAUGAGUUCAACUGUGUUGUUCGCUGGCAAAAAUGUAAUCCUAGAGGAGACAGCUAAGAAUUGUCUACUAACUGGUAUGAACAUAAAAUUUUUGAACUGUCAAUUAGUAGACGAUAUAGACUGCAAAUUUAGUUUUUUUGUCAAACCACAAGAUCUGGGCACUCCACAUUCUUUGUCAUUGGCUACGAGAUUGAAAACUAUAACAACAAAUCCUGGAAGAGUUACAGGCCACAUUGGAGCCCUUUGUACGGCUAGAUCCAGUCAAAUUAAUGUUCAUUUGUUGCAGCAAGCAAAUGUCGAGUUUGACAGUCUAGAUUAUUCUAGGCCAGGCAUUUGCCCCUUUUGUACUAUAGGCUAUAUCAAAACUGAUCUGAACGAGCUAUCUCAAUCAGUCCAAGCAAUUUGUGUCGCUGCUGAGGAUUAUCCUUUGCAUACACUUGUGGAACUAGAUCACAUGUGUAGGAGUAGGUUUAAGAGUUUAUAUGUUGCUUAUUGCAAUGGACCAUCUGGAUUUUUCGUUUCCGAUCUAGGAAUUCAUCAAAUAAUGGAUACGGGCCAGAAAGAUCCAGAGACAAAUCGGCCCAUUGCCUCCUCCUUAACAUAUCCCUCAUUCGAAUCUUUCUUCAUCAAACCAUCGUGGCGUUUUGACAGGAGGUGCUAUGAAUCACUAAAAUGUGGAGCAGCACUGCUUUUAGUGGAACGGUUCUCGCCCCAGGUGCUUUAUAAUAACGCCACUCAGCAGGAUAUUAUGGUGGCCCGGGAAAUUUGCGAUAGGAUCGGUGCCAACUUUGAGGAGUUUAAAAGGAUAAUAAAGGAUUAUCGCGUGCAAUUUACGGUUACAGGGUCUAUUUUAGGGGGUUAUUUGUCGCUAGAAAUUCGAAAAUUUGUCUCAAAACAGCACGAAACAUUCCCUAACAUGUGCUUCUUCGACAUGGCCUAUAAUGUCGUAACUACAUCAAUGAUAUAA